AUGAAAGCGGACCUCAAGGGCCUGGGAAUAGAGGGGGCCAAUGUGAGAAAAGGAGCAUCAGGCUCCUAUAUUCUCGAGAUUUCCGGGCCCGACGGGAAAGAAAAGGCGGAUAAACUUGCCCUCGAGCUGAAGAGGGUGCUAGCAAACAAGGAGGGCGUGAAAAUACAGCGCCCGACCAAAAUGGCGGAGCUUAGAUUUCGGGGGUUGGACGAGUCUAUACGGACCCCCGAAGUCCGAGAAGCAAUUGCCAGAAAUGGCAAUUGCGAGGAAGUCGACGUACACACCGGGGAAAUAAAAAAAACCCCCGGUGGUAUGGGAAUCGUGUGGGUUCGCUGUCCACUAAGGGCAGCAAACCUGAUCAUGAAACAGGGACGGUGA